UGGGCCGGGCAGGACCAUUCUGCAGCUGGACGGGCGGUCCACCAUGAGUCAGGUUCUGUUUCGACAGCUGGUCCCGCUGCAGGUGAAGUGCAGGGACUGCGAGGAGAGAAGAGUAAAUGUUAGAGUGAGCAUUGAACUCCAAGCAGUUUCUAAUCCAGUACAUCGAAAGGAUUUAGUCAUUCAGUUGACUGAUGAUGCUGAUCCAUUUUUUCUGUAUAACCUUGUUAUAUCUGAGGAAGAUUUUCAGAGUUUGAAACUGCAGCAAGGUCUUCUGGUAGACUUUUCAGCUUUUCCACAAAAAUUUAUAGAUCUACUGCAGCAAUGUACCCAGGAACAAGGCAAAGAAAUUCCACGGUUUUUGCUACAGUUAGUUUCUACAGCAGCCAUCUUGGAUCACUCACCUGUAUUUUUAAAUGUGGUGGAGACAAAUCCCUUUAAGCAUCUUACACAUCUUUCUCUAAAACUUCUACCUGGAAAUGAUAUGGAAAUAAAGAAAUUUUUAGCAGGCUGUUUGAAAUGUAGCAAGGAAGAAAAAUUAUCAUUGGAGCAAACACUAGAGGAUGUUACCAGGCAGUUAAACUUUACACAACAGACGUUGUCAGAAAAGAUUCAGGAAUUAGAUAAGUUACGAAAUGAAUGGACAUCACACACAGCAGCACUGACAAACAAGCAUUCUCAAGAACUGACAAAUGAGAAGGAAAAAGCCCUCCAGGCACAGGUUCAAUCUCAGCAACAACAUGAACAACAGAAAAAAGAACUAGAAAACAUACAUCAAAGAAACGUUCACCAGCUUCAGAGCAGAUUGUCAGAAUUGGAGACGGCCAAUAAAGACUUAACAGAAAGAAAGUACAAAGGAGACUCCACCAUUAGAGAACUUAAAGCAAAACUCUCUGGUGCAGAAGAUGAGUGCCAGAGGGCUAAGCAAGAAGUCCUUUCCUUGAGAAGAGAGAAUUCUACUCUUGAUGCUGAAUGUCAUGAAAAAGAGAAGCACAUUAAUCAGCUUCAAACUAAAGUAGCUGUUUUGGAACAGGAAAUUAAAGAUAAAGAUCAGCUUGUUAUAAGAACAAAAGAAGCAUUUGACACAAUUCAGGAACAAAAGGUGGCCCUAGAAGAAAAUGGAGAGAAGAAUCGGGUACAGUUAGGAAAACUUGAAGCCACAAUAAAAUCAUUAUCUGCUGAACUUCUUAAGGCAAAUGAAAUUAUCAAGAAAUUACAAGGUGAUAUCAAAACUCUAAUGAGCAAAUUAAAACUGAAGAAUACAGUUACAAUUCAGCAAGAAAAACUACUAGCUGAAAAGGAAGAAAAAUUGAAAAAAGAACAAAAGGAGGUACAAGAUAUUGGACAAGCUCUCCGAAGUAAAGAGCAAGAGGUAAGCAAAUUGCAAGAACAGUUAGAAGUUACAGUACAAAAACUUGAAGAGAGCAAACAGCUUCUGAAGAAUAAUGAAAAAUUAAUCACAUGGCUAAAUAAAGAACUGAAUGAAAAUCAGCUAGUAAGAAAGCAAGACCUUUUGGGAUCCUCCACAACUCUACCUGCUCAGCCUGGCAACACCACCAUCAGAAGUGGAAUUUCUCCUAAUCAGAACAUGCUUGAUAACAGACUACCUCUUCCAAACUGUGGAAUUGGCUAUCCUGUUUCUUCCGCAUUUACUUACCACAGUACCUUCCCUCAUGCUGUAGCUUCGAAAAGCACUGCUCAUCCAGUUUCUGGACCAAAGGUUCAGUUUAACUUGCAGUUUGCAAAAACAAAUACUUCAGGAGACGUUCCUUCAGGAGGAUCUAUUAAUAUACCUCGCUCAACUGAUAAAGAGAAUGGUGAAAAUUUGGGCCUGGAAUCGAAAUAUUUGAAGAAAAGGGAAGAUAGUAUUCCAUUACGAGGGCUUAGUCAAAACCUCUUUAGUAAUCCAGAACAUCAGAAGGAUGGCUCUUUAACAACACUACAAGCUUCAGCAAAACCUGCAGUGCUCCCUCCUUCUGUAGCUUCGGCAUAUUUUCCUGGACAGUGACCAAACCUGCAGUUUUGCUUUGUGAAGUAUUGAGAGAAUGGUAAUGAUUCUGGUUGAAGAUGAGCUCUUAACAUAGCAACAUAAGUGCAACCACCAUGAAUAAGAUAACUUUGCCUUUGACCUUAUUAAGUGAUUACUGAUGAUUUAGUGUUUUAAUCCCACAAAAAGAUGUUAUCUUGGCUAUAUGUGGAAAAUAUUAUGGGAGCAAGAACUAAAUUUGGACUUUGACCUUGGGCUAUAUUUCCCAGGUAAUGGAAUAUUUAGUGCCUUUUCUUUUUAAGGAGCCUUGGUACCAUUUUUGAGGGUAGUAACUGUAUGUAUUUCAUUGAAAUAAAUGUAGAAGGCCAUAACCCUUUUAAGUGAGAGCAAUUUUAAUAUAAAACCAAAGAGUGCUGGUAACGUUUCCCAUAUGGAGUACCUUAUCUAGCAAUUGAAUAGGAAUUCUUUGAAGUAUUGAUAGCUUACUGGUUUUCUAAUGGAAAAUUUUUAAAGAGAUUUAUAUAUGAUUUCAUAAAGAUUGUUACAUUGGAACAUUGUUCUAAGAUUUAAUAGAUUUAAUUUCAUUUUUAAGAAAUCAGUGUAAUUCUUCUGGGUUUAGCCAGCUGUGCAAAAUAGUUCUUGUAGUCGAUUUAUUAACAUGUGCCUUCCUUGAAACCUAGUGAUAGGAUACCUUUUUUUUUUAACCUUCUGCUCAUUUUAGACAAUGUUGCAAAGCUAACAGCCAGAUUAGGUUGAAAUGUCAUCUAAACUGAUUAAUUUCAAAACACUUUUGGCCUCCUAUAUUCAUCAAGUUUUUCUUCAAUUUAAAAUUUUUGCAGAAACAUUUUAUCAAGUGGCCCUUUGUCUAAAUAUUUAAUAGCUAUGCAAAACUUAUAAGUCUCAUUAGAAAAUGAGUUUUUUCCCCUCAGCUUUUAAUACAAAUGUUCAAUAAGCCAAGAAAAGUUAAGAGUAGGAACUUACAUGCUGUACUAGACUGUGAGCACUAUUAAUUGCCACAAAGUAUCUAGGCACAUUUUCAAUGGUAACUAUUUUCUUGGGACUGUCAUUUAUAUUUAUAGUAUCCCCUUCCCUUCUCAUUUUCACCAGUAUUCUUCUCUAUGCAGUUAAUUCCUCAGAUAAUUUGUACAUGACUGAUAAAUUCUAAUUCUUAAGCAUGAAGGCUUUAUUAUGCAUAAGCAUUUUAAAAUGUACAAAUUAGCAUGUUUGAGAGACAGAAAUGCAUUUUUUCUUAAAUGCUAGCAUCAGUAGGUGACAUACUUUAAAAGAUUAGUUAAAAUCUUUGGUGAUUUUGCUAUAAAGCCCUUUCCAGGAUUUUGAGUCUUACGUAAUUUAAGAUCUAGGGGAAAAUUAGCUUGCCGUGUAGACAGUCAUCCCUUCGGAGAAAAUUGUAGCUUAUUAAUUAUGCUUUUAAAAAAAACUAAGAUGGUAUAAUCAUGCCUACGAGUCUUCUAUUUUGUUGAGCUGUCAGGCUUAUUAAGUUACAAUCCUAUAAUCUUUAAGAUACCAUAAUAAUAACCUAACUAGAUUACAGUGACUUGAAUGAAAUGUGGAUUAUAAAGCAGCUUUUUGAAAGCAACCUUAGAAUGUUCUUUGUUGUAAAUAUUGUAUAGUACAUAUUUAUAAAUUGAAUGUGGACGUUGGUUAGUAAAAUUGGUAAUUGGGGUACAUUUAGGCAGCCUUUUGUUAUUGUAAAGGAAUUCAACCCUUUCCUUCCUCUUAACCCUUAAAUAUGAAAGCAGCCUAGUAAGAUUUACCAAAGUAUUUUUUAAAUGCUCAUAUUUUUUUCUUAUAUGUGACAACAGAAACCAUACCAACUACUUGCUGGAAAUUUGCGAUGAGUUAUUUACUGUGUUCUUACCUCUUAAACUCUUCAGUUGUUUUGCAGUGUAAAAGUUGUACAUUUGUUUAUAAAAAUCAAUGUUAUACAUUUAAUGUAUGUAAUUGAAAUAUUAAAAUGGUUUUUGGUCAGUAA